UUAAACCCUCUGGACCUUUCUCAUGAAUCGACUCUUUGCAGACUGACCGGAUUUCAGCAGCACGCACAGAGAAAGGAGGAAACUGCGGCUCCCACUGAAACCUCCACAUCUGAAACGAAACUUUUUUUUUUCCUCUUUCUUUCUUCCUCUCGGCUCUUUUGCCUCCAGUAAUAAUAUCCGGAUCUGCUCAUCGCCCACACAGGAAUUAUCGCACUUUGAAGACAUCGAGCUGAGCUGGGAGGAAGCGCUGAUUCACACUGCUGAUUUCUUUCUCGGGGUGGGGGGGACUUAAAAGUUCACAUCGCCAUGUCUGGUGAGUCGGAUCACAGUCGGCGGUUCUGCGUGCUGUCUUGGGAUCAGGUGCAGCGCUUGGACUCGAUCCUGGGCGAGGCUAUCCCCAUCCACGGCCGAGGAAACUUCCCCACGCUGUCCGUACAGCCCCGCCAGAUUGUCCAGGUUGUGCGAGCGAGGCUGGAGGAACGAGGUGUGCAUGUUAAGGAUGUGAGGUUGAACGGCUCGGCUGCCAGCCACGUGCUCCAUCAGGACACGGGACUGGGCUACAAGGACCUCGACCUGAUCUUUGGUGUGUCGCUGAAAGAUGACCAGGCCUUCCGUCUGGUGAAAGACGUCGUGCUGGACUGCCUGUUGGACUUCUUGCCAGCUGGGGUCUCUAAGGAGCGCAUCACAGCACUGACCCUUAAAGAGGCCUAUGUGCAGAAACUUGUGAAAGUCUGCAAUGACACGGACCGCUGGAGCCUCAUCUCGCUGUCCAACAACACAGGCAAGAACGUGGAGCUUAAGUUUGUGGACUCUUUACGGCGGCAGUUUGAAUUCAGCGUAGACUCCUUCCAGAUUUGCCUCGAUUCUCUGCUCUUGUUUGACCGCUGCUCUGAGACGCCCAUGUCUGAGAGCUUUCACCCCACCGUGAUUGGCGAAAGUGUGUACGGGGACUUCAAGGAAGCCAUGGAACAUCUGUGUCAAAGGACCAUAGCUACUCGCACCCCUGAAGAAAUCAGAGGGGGUGGCUUGUUGAAGUACUGCCACUUGCUCGUGCGAGGCUUCAGACCCUCGUCAGAGGCGGACAUGAAACAGAUGCAGCGCUACAUGUGCUCGCGCUUCUUCAUUGACUUCCCCGACAUAGGUGAGCAGCAGAGAAAGCUCGAGGCUUACCUGCAGAACCACUUCGCCGGGAUGGAGCACAAGCGGUACGAGUGCCUCAUAACUCUGCACCAAGUAGUGAACGAGAGCACGGUGUGUCUGAUGGGCCACGAGCGGCGCCAGACGCUCAGCCUCAUCUCCAUGCUGGCGCUGAAGGUGCUGGCCGAGCAGAAUGCUAUCCCCACGGUAACCAAUGUGACCUGUUACUACCAGCCAGCGCCGUAUGUGCAGGACAUAAACUUCAGCAAUUAUUAUAUUGCACAUGUGCAGCCGCCACAGGUCGCUGCGUGCAGUGCUUCAUAUCAGACGUGGCUGCCCUGCAGUUGAGCUGGUGUCAGGGCACGGAGGUCACUGUGUCUCCACUACAUCGCUGUGUCCAGGAUAUGGACUGAAAACAAACAAUAAAGAAACCCAUUUGCCAAAUGUGACUUGACGAAAACAAUCCUGUACUGCUGUACAUCUGAUUGAGCCGACAAGUUUUUUUUUUUUUUUUUUUUCUUUUUUUUUUUCCACUUGUUUUCUCUUGCAAGACGUCUGUAAGAUUGCUGGUCAUUUCUGAGAUGUAGCGAUAAUAUCUUAUUUAAGUAUUAAAAAAAACUUUGUCAGGUGUGCAUUUUUGAGGAAGCAGACAAUGAAGCUGGUGGUGUUUUCAUACCCUGGCUUUUAUUUUGUUUUAUUUUUUAAAUUGCAUACGGACCAAAGAUGUGUGGUUUCUUUUUUUUUUUUUUUUUUUUUUUUGUUCUUUGUUCUGAAAGGGAUUGUAAUCACACUUCCAAGUGCCUUAAAAAAACCAAACAAAAAACCCCACAAUGUUCUGAAAACAUCUGUAAAGUGAGAAUUGUGCAUCCAGUGUUUUCUAGAUUACUGUUUCUCUUUUCAAGAACAGAAGCGCAUUCAUUUUUGUGAGGUUUUUCUUUUUUUUUUUUUUUUUGUAUUGUGGUUAUUUUCUGCUGGCCUGUAAUGAUUGUUGAUAUUUUAAUCUUUGGUUUUUAGGGCUGCAGUUAGUUCAAACUGGUCAUUGUCUGAGCUGCUUCAAAAUUCACACAGUUGAGUUUUUAUAUUGUUACGUGUCCACAAUAAACAAUGUGCUUUGGCCAAGACGUGACACACAGUGA